AUGUCUAGUAGAUUCAUAUUCACGAGAUUCAAAAAUUUGCACUUCAAGGAUCCUAAUGAUUGUGCUAAAGCUAUGGCAUCAUUAAGAAAUUCGAUCAGAACAGAUACGUCUUCUAGUGAUUUUGGAAGUGAUGAAACAUCGUCACAACCACAUCAAUAUGAGUUUUGGCUACCUCACAAAUUGUUGGCCCAAAAUCAAUUACACAAAUAA